GAGCCUUACAGGAGAGGCUGGGGUUUGCUUGGAUGCCACCGACAGUGACAAUGUCAUGAAAUCUCCCCCAGUCUGCGAAUGGUCAAUAGAGAGAGAAAGACCCUUGGGUCUUGGGGAAGCAGGCAUGUGGAUGAGUGGGGGACACACCAAACUCAUCAAUAAACUCCUUGAAUAAUUGAGUGAUUGACAGAAAAGAAAGGAAAAAGAAAGCCAGAAAAUUUUCAAAACACAAGAGAAAGAAAGUAGUCCCCUCGCUCUUGCUCUCUCCGCUGCUGCUUGCUUAAAUCUCGGUGCUGCAUUGGUUUGAGAGAGGGAGUCUUGAAGUCACCAGUGGGGGGAGAAAACAAAAGCAGAGGCGACUGCAAGCUCUCACAAGCAGAGUCCUCUGUUCCGCUUCCGUCUCUCUCUCUCUCUCUGCUGAAACAUGCCGAGACCAGGGCCAAGACCUUAUGAGUGUGUUAGAAGAGCAUGGCACAGUGAUAGACACCAACCCAUCCGAGGCACUCUCAUUCAAGAAAUUUUCAGGGUUGUCAACGAGAUUCACAGCUCAGCAACUAAGAAGAACAAAGAAUGGCAAGACAAGGUUCCUGUAGUUGUGUUGAAAGCAGAAGAAAUUAUGUACUCCAAAGCAAAUUCUGAGGCUGAGUAUAUGGAUCUUAAAACCCUCUGGGACCGGGCAAAUGACGCCAUUAACACGAUUAUCCGACGAGAUGAGAGUGCUGAAACCGAAGGUCUUCUUCAGCCUUGCAUUGAAGCCGCUCUCAAUUUGGGCUGCAUGGCGAGGAGACCGUCGAGGAGCCAACGGAACAGUUGUACAAGAUGCUACCUGAGUCCCAACACCCGAGAACCCACCAGUGCUCCUCUUGGUUUUGCAGAGAACGCAACUGGGGAAAAUCAUAAAACCAAUCCACAAUUCAUGUCUCACAAGUCAAAUUUUGUGAAACCCACGACCGUAGAUUCUACUCAAGGCUUAGAAUCUGGCAACCCUGUUAAAAAAUUUCGCUUUACUACCGAGAAUGUUCCUCUAUCUCGAAGCAACCGAUGCUCACCUAUGAAAACUUAUCCUGCAUCUAAUUUGUGUGCUGUUUACCCUCUGUAUUAUGGAAAUUUCCUUGAAACUGAAGGUUGUGAUGGUUUCGAAGCUCCUGCAAAGUUUCAUGCUAAGACCACCGAGCCUGUUGAGAUGGUUGUCCAGAAAAACCUUUUUUGUUCUAAUAUAGAUGCUCCAAACAAAAGCACUGAAGAGGAUAUCAGGGUCAAUUUUGAUAACCCAACUGAGAAUGACUGUGAUUUAUCAUUGCGCCUGGGCCCUUUGGUUGAGGAUGUUGGUUCCAUUAGUUCUCAAGGGGGAAACAAGUUUAGUGAUCGGUUGAUACAGAUGGAUAAAGAGUUGCUGUUCUGUCCAAGGAGCAACACUGAUAAUCGGUUCGAUUCCUGCUCUGUUAAAUUGAGUUUUGCAGGUGGAACUUCUAAUGUAGAAGCACUAAUGAGAAAGCAGAAGGCAAUCAAUCACUAGUCUUGGCACAGAAGAUGGGCAGUUCCGUUGGCAGCCAAAGCUUCCUUGGAACCAUGUCAGCGGAAGAAUGAGAAAGGAAGGUUUGUAGGCUAACUCUUGCUUCUGAACGUCUCAAAAUUUUGAAGUUGUUCGGCAUAUAUCUGCUACUAGAGCUUUCUUUUCCCUGUUCUUAACUGUUAUGUUAAUAUGGUAGUGAGUUGCUUAUUGCAAUGUUGCCAAAGUAUGUGAAGUGUAAAUAAAGAUCUAAUGUAAAUAGAUGUAGUCGCGGACAAAGUGAUAAACGCAUCAGUGAAGCGGACAAUUUGGUCUACAAUGUGC